AUGUCAGAAACAGAAUCUUCAGGUUCGACUGCAACGAAGAGCCGGUUCAAGCGUCAUCUGUGGGGGUGGUUGAGCUAUGCCUUUGCGAGCGAAGUCUUCGUUAUUGUCUCUUUGACGCUCUUCCUUCCCAUCUGCCUCGAACAAUUCGCGCGAGACAACGGAGUUCUUCUGCCAGACAAAACGCAACCAUGUGUCUCUUUACCUUCGUCGAACAACACGGUGCCUGCGACACUCAUUGGAACACCGGAGUCGAGAUGCGUUGUUAAGCUCGGUUGGGUAUGGGUCGACACGGCAAGCUACAGCUUAUAUACGAACUCGAUAUCCGUGGCUCUGCAGGCCUUGACUGUAAUCUCCAUGGGAGGCAUUGCGGAUCAUCGAUCAAUAUCCUCAAUCCUAUUCCUAUUCCUGCCUUCGUCCUCGCCUCUCUGGCCCUUGUCAUCCUUGUUGGCUAUCCUUGCCAAUGUAGGAUUCGGCGCCAGUGUCGUGGCUAUGAACAGUUUCCUUCCCGGUUUGGGUAGGGAGGAACCAAAGGUUGUUGCGCUGAGGGAGGAGCUUGAACGAACGCGGUCGUCGAUUCCCACUCUGAACCACCAUUCGACUCCGUCAGACGAAUGUGAAGACCCCAGUUCACCACUGCUGUCGCCGACUGAGGCUAGCUCUUCCAUUACGGCCCUCGAGAAAGAAUACGACACGCUCCUAUCGUCGACGACAUCCCACAUAUCUUCUCUUGGAAUCGCCUACGGGUACUUUGCAGGGAUUGUGCUGCUGGGGGUUGCGUUGAUACCGGUGAAGAUGAUGGGAGGGUCGACUUGGAGUCUGCGAGUCGCGAUUGGGCUGAGCGGGGCGUGGUGGGCUGUGGGUAGUAUACCAGCCUGGCUGUUGCUCCCGAAGGAAUCAGAGUCAGAUGCCAAACCAUCGGACGGUUCUGCGGCCUACACCGCACUUCCCACCGUGGAUGGGGGCGAAACGAACGUGACGAGGAAAGAAGAAGAGUGGAGGAUAGGUAGGGAGAUUGUCAGGUCAUGGAAGAGGCUUGGGACGAUGUUGAGUGUUGCUGAAAUGAGGAGGUUGAAGAAUACGUUUGUGUAUCUGGGUGCAUGGUUCCUUUUGAGCGAUGGCAUCGCAGGUUCACUCCUCUGGCCAAUGCUCCAACGCCGCCUGAACUGGUCCAACCUCCGCAUCCUCAAGGUCCUCAUCCUCUUCGCGAGUCUGAUACCCCUCUACGGAUGCCUCGGCUUCUUCUUUGAAAACCAAAGUCCUUCGGAGACGUCCUUGCCGAAACUCAAGUUCGGUGGUCUAACGACGCCGGGGGAGAUGUAUAUUUUGGCGGUUGUGUUUGGGAGUGUGUAUGGUGCGUUCCAGGGGUAUGCGAGGUCGUUUUAUGCGGAGCUUAUACCGCCCGGGGAGGAGGCGAGGUGGUUUGGGUUGUUUAGUAUCACUGAUAAGUCGUCUUCUUUCCUUGGACCUCUCAUCGUCGGUCUCAUUGCGGAUACGACUGGGAACAUCCGAUACGCCUUUUUCUUCUUGGUUAUCAUCAUUUGGAGCGCGAUACCCGUGAUUUCUGGUGUUGAUGUUGAGAAGGGAAGGAGGGAUGCGAGGGAGUAUAGUAGUAGUCGGAGAGCUGAGGAGGGGCAUUGAGAUAUGGACUUUUGUGUUGCUUUGCGUGUUUGCUUUCGAACCUUGAUUGGGACUACAUACUGCUACUGUAUAUUGUAAUGAUAUGGCUCAGGAG